GACGGCCCAAGAGGCUCCCAGAGCGCUCUGAGAAAGCCCCAAGACGGCCCAAGACGCGUUCCGUAGCCAUUUUGGCUCAAGCCGUUUUGGCUCAGCACUUCCAAUUUUACUGUACAUCCAUCCUUGGCACAUAAAUACGCUCUUCGCAGUGACGCGUCGGCCAGGAUGCGCGCCCUGGUCGCUCUGCUGCUUCUGUUCCGCGGCUGCUCUGCUGCCUCGCGGGGUUUCCUGCGCUCGGGAGUGCAAGCGCCGCCGCAGAAGAAGGACCCGGCGCCCGCCGUCAGCAACGGAGCGGCGCCUGGUCAGCCGGCCAGGACGCGCAACAGUGCUGUGUGGACGCCAAAGAGGAGUUGUGUGACCCCCGCUCACAGAUCAACAUGUCAGGAAGCGCGAAGGGCUUCAACAGUAAGCGCAUGGCAAUUAUUUUCUGGAAGGCUCCUUUCCGAGCAAGCAGGAUCAGAAAUACAAAAGUCGGCUACAAAGAUUGCAGCGCUGGCGCUGCAAAGGCUCAGCUGGCGCUGUCCCGAAGCCACGUCGAGCACCUCUUGAAGCCGCUGGAGGCCGCGGGCUUCGCGGUCGACGUGUUGCUGCUCGCGCAGAGCUGCGGAAACUCAACGGCUGCUGCGAAAAUGCACGAGGACCUUGUCAACGUCUAUAACAGCGGCUCCGGGAAGAAUAAGAAGCGCGUGGUGGAGGUUUUAUUCUAUGCGCCCAUGGCUGAGCAGUUCCUCUCGUCCAAGCUGGGCGCCGAGACCGUCCUCGAACACCUCCGUUCUGGCGUCGCGUACGAGUCCUUGCUCUUCUGGCGGUUUGACGAGAUGAGCCACUUGCCGCUCCACAACAUCGAAACGCAUCACGAGAUUGCGGGCGAGCCAGCGAUAGAAUCUCUCCCGUUCGUGGAUCAGCCAUGGGACAGUUACCGUGACUUUGCUCGUCAGUACGCCGCCGUGUAUCUGGAGGAUAACGUCGUGAGCAUACCUGGAUGGGCCGCGCCGUGCAUGCUGUAUCCCUUGGCCUCGCGCGAUUCUGUCGGCAUGUGGGCGGACUCGUUGACACUGAAUACGGACAGCAAGCUCAUUAUCCCUUCCCCCUUUGUCGAUAUGGGCGUCGUGAUUUAUCGCGGCCCGCUCGGCUGCACCUUCUGGGGCGGUGAUUCAUACCAGGCUUGCGAGCUCCUUCGCCAUUCGUUUGGUGGAGACAGUUGCGAAAUCAACGUUCUGGCCCAAGAGGAGUGCAACGAUGUGUGCACCGCGGAACACAAUGGGAGCGUCCACGACCAUGGCGGUUCCACUUCCGAGAGCUGCUUCCGAAGCUUCUGGAACAUUCUCGACGAUGCGAUCCGGCAAGACCACGGAGCAGAUCACGAUUUGUUGACUGGGAGUCGCGAUUGGAGCACGCAGCCUCCCAGGCAGACCACAUGCGCCGCGCGCUGAGCGGCAUGAGCACUCCUGAAGGCGCAAGGCCGCACUCCUGAAGGCUCCUGAAGGGUAUGAGCACUCUUGAAGUUGUUGUGCGGUACGUCUCUUCCAGGAUCGGUUUGAAUGGUGCUCCCACGUUGUUACAGGUGGAGUCAGUCGUUCUGGCCUAUCAUUGUUAAAACUCCAUGCGGGUCCGACCGCGCCCAGCAGAGGCCGAGUUGACCACGUAUCUUUACCAGACUCGACGGGCAGCGAUGGCUCUCGUCGAUGCUUCUCGCGCGCAUUGUGGCGCCUCAUGGUGCGGUUAUGCUGACGUUUGUGGCAUCUGUGCGGUCUCCUCCUCUCCCUUCUCCCUACUCCCACCUGCAAAACAAUGUGCUGCCAGGUCGUCCGAAUGGUCGUCAAGCUUGGCGCGUUGCCGCUUGUUUUAAUCGAUGGCAAGCGUGUGCGCGCCUUUUUUCCGUGACACCGCGAUCAGCAGUUUGCCGAUAGUGAAUAGAGGAGUCGUGGGUGAGCAUCGGUGGAGUUGGCAGGGGACGGCCAGCCAGCGGGGGCGCUGUGUUGCGUGCCAGAUUUUGUGGCCAGCGCUUCACGCGCGAGUCAGGCGUGCUGCCGCUUGUUUGAAUCGAUGUCAAGCGUGUGCGCGCCUCGACUCCGUGGAACCGCGUUCGGCCGUCUCCGUUGCAGACUGUGGACGGAGCAGGUCAACAAAAAAAGACGGCCCAAGACGCGUCCGAGAUGGCCCACGAACGUUCCAAGACGGCCCA